GGACUGAUGAUACUGCGGCGGUAAAUCUCAUGUGUGUGUGUGGAUGUGUUUGUAUAUAAACGAAAACACGACUGACAGCUAGCUGGUGAGACUUUACUCGAGUUUACUUUCAAGAUGGCUACCAGCAUGUCCACCAGCAAAAAUAAAGAAGAAUGUUUGUUUACAAGAGGCGAUCAUACAUUUACGGUACCAAAGACUUUGUUUCGAGACAACAGAAGACGUCUUGCUCAUCGUCUGAGAGAGACCGCAGGAGUACCAGGUGAAGGUGGUUUUGUUUUGCUCCAGGGUGGCGAGGACGUGCCUUUCAAUGACACUGACAUUAACUACGAGUUUCGGCAGGAGUCUUUUUUCCAAUGGUGCUUUGGCGUUGAAGAACCCGGAUGCUUUGGAGCGAUAGAAAUAACAACUGGCAGAUCGGUAUUAUUUUUUCCACGACUGCCUGACGAGUAUGAGAUCUGGUCUGGCAAACUGAGUACGCUUGAUGAAUUUAAAGAGAGAUACGGCGUUGAUGAAAGUUAUUAUGUUGACGAAAUAGCCCAGGUGUUUGCUAAAAAAAAUACAAAACUUAUUUUAACUUUGUACGGUCAAAAUAGUGACAGUGGACUCUACUCCAAAGAAGCUAACUUUGAUGGUAUUGAAAAAUUCAAAGUUAACAAUAGUAUUUUGUAUCCUGAAAUAUGCGAGUGCCGCGUUAUAAAAUCUGCUGAGGAAAUAAAAGUUAUGCGAUAUGUCACAAAGAUUAGCUCGGACGCUCAUAAAGUAGUUAUGCGUUCAAUACGUCCAGGAUUUACUGAAUAUCAGGGUGAAUCAAUUUUUAAACAGUACAUUUACUCAAUAGGUGGAUGUAGACAUGUUUCUUAUACAUGUAUAUGUGGUUCUGGACAUAAUGCUUCGAUUUUACAUUAUGGACAUGCUGGUGCUCCUAAUAACAAAGUACUAAAGGAUGGUGAUAUUUGUCUUUUUGAUAUGGGAGGAAAUUACUGCGGGUAUGCUGCUGAUAUAACAUGCAGCUUUCCAGCGAAUGGAAAAUUUACAGAUAAUCAAAAAUUCAUUUAUAAUGCGGUUUUGGGUGCACGCAAUGCGGUGAUUGAAGCUGCUAAACCUGGUGUCAGUUGGACGGACAUGCAUUUACUGGCUAACAAAGUGAUGCUACAACACCUGAAGCAGGGAGGUCUGUUAGAUGGUGACGUAGACGACAUGAUUAAUGCCGGAUUGAAUGAAAUAUUUCAACCUCAUGGUCUUGGUCAUUUACUGGGUCUGGAUGUUCAUGACGUAGGUGGUUAUCUACCUGACUGUCCCAAGAGAUCCGAUAUUCCGGGAAUUAGAAAGCUAAGAACUGCCAGAACGUUGCUUUCCGGUAUGGUUUUAACAAUAGAACCUGGAUGUUAUUUUAUCGAUACUCUGCUCGAUGCUGCGCUGGCGAAUCCCUGUCGAAGUAAAUUUAUUAAUUCCGAUAAAUUGAAACUAUUUCGUGGGUUCGGAGGCGUCAGAAUUGAGGAUGACGUAUUAAUUACCGAUACUGGGGUUGAGAACUUAACUUUCGUUCCACGCACAGUUCAAGAGAUAGAAGAAUGGAUGGCUCAUGGCAGAGAAAAUUUAUUAUUACCUCAAGAGCAAUAUAAACUCGAAUAUAAUAGUAUAUAUUUUCAAUAAAUUUACGACAGUUGACUACUCAUUAUAAGUCUACCCGUAAUAAGCCUCUUUCCCUUAUUGAGCAUUAAAUUGAUCAAUAAAAUUAUUAUCAUUAUUAUUAUUAUUAUUAAUGUAAAAAAAUAAGUAAUUAUUUUAUAUAAUAUAAGGCUUAUAACGGGUAGUCGAAAAAAAAAACUAAACGUACAGUAGUGGGAAGAUUAAAAUUCCAAGAAAAUUCCCCUCGUCCCCUAGACCAGGCCUAUGACGGUUAGUCGACUGUAAAAAAAUUAUUAUAUAUUUUUAUAUAAAACUUUUAAAUAUGUAUGCAAAAAAUAACAAAAGUUUAAGUACGUCAACUAUGAAA